AUGGUACUGACAGAGAAGCAUCUCGGGAUCAUUUCAGAACACCCACUUAAUGACACACUCGGUGCGCUUCGAGACAAGUUACGCGACACCAACGAGGCCGACAGCCCGCGACAGGAGGAUGUCGCCAGUCUUCUCUCGACCUUGGUUGGCUCAACAGCAGCUUUCAGUCUCCCCUCUCCUACAGGUGGUGGCAACGUUGCGGUGAGAUUGUUCUCUAUACAACAGCAUGUCCGUGGAGGCUCGAUGAGGUCUGACCAUUUCCGCGCCCUCAUCCGAUGUGUCAUUGACGAAAGAAACGACAUUGACAUAUGGGAAGCUGUCUUCACCAUCAUCGAAAACCUCGGCGCCAUCACACCUCCCUUAUCCGGCAUCGCUCCGACAUUCCAAGGGACCCCGAUCAAGACCAGCUCGAGUCGACUUGCUGAUAGCGAAACGCGCGACAUCGUCGAAGGAGAACUCUUCUUGGAAAUAAGAGACUGUACUUUUCGCGAUGUGAAGGGUUUCUUCGACAAGUUUUUCCCACCCAAGAGCUGGAGCAAGGCCCAGCAAGCUAUGCUGGAAGAUAUUAUGACGGCACACGAUGGCAAGAACUGGACAGGCUUCCCCGCCACUCCAGAUGAGAAGCCAGUCUGGGACUGGUUCCGUUCGCUGGAGGAGCGUUUCCUCUCCGACGCACCGCACAAGCUCCAUACCACCAGAACCGCCAACCAAUUCAGAGAACGCAAAGGCCAGAUGGAUCUUUUUGUACAGACACCCACUACGAAAUCGAACGUCGCCUUCGAGUACAAGAAUGUGCUUGUUGUUGGUGAGCAAAAGAAGUCGUAUGAUACGGGCAAAUUCAAGGCGAAUCUUCUCCAGCUUACGCGAUAUGUGCGAGGCGUCUUCGCCGACCAGCCAACCCGCCGAUUCGUUCACGCAUUCUCGCUCUGCGCCUCCACGAUGGAGCUCUGGGUCUUUGACAGGUCCGGGCCGUACAGCUCGGGCUCAUUCGACAUUCAUGACGAGCCUGAUAAAUUUGCACGAGCUCUGGUCGGGUAUGCCACAAUGGACGAUGAUGCGAUGGGCCUCGACACGUUCAUCCAACGACGGGAUAUACAUCGCUAUGUCACGUUGGAUGAUGCUGACGGGAAUGAAAAAAGGAUCAAGCUAGAAAAGGCAAUGGUCAGGCAAAGAGCCAUUGUGUGUCGUGGCACUGCUUGCUUCGAGACCCAAGAUGGCCACGUCGCCAAGUUCUCCUGGGCGUCAGAUAAGCGGAAGCUUGAGGCGGAACAGCUGAGACGAGCCGAACAAAGGGGUGUGAAAGGAGUGGCAACGAUGGUUGCGCAUCGACAAGUCACAACAAUCGCAGCGAUACGGGAGGGUUUGGAAUUUUCCAAACCCCACCGCUUCCGGGACGAACCUGUUCAUUUCGGCGGCACGACCACAGCAAGUACGAACACGUCAGGUCACAAGCGCAAGUCGUCAUCUGAUCACACAUCCGACAAUUCAUCGGGGCUUAAGAGGAGACGGUCGAAUAGUCAAAGAUCCACAUUAGCUACUACGCUGAACAACGGACUAUCGACGGGCAAAGCACAGCCAAGUCUGUAUUCGGCCGGCAACGACCUUUGGGAGAACAGAAUAUAUUCUUGUCUGGUAGUGUCGCCGGCGGGGCGUGUUAUCAGCGGCUUCAGGACCAUCAGGGAACUGUUAGAGGCUAUGAGGGAUGCGAUCAGGGCACACCAGUCUCUUUACAAGAAAGGCAAUAUCCUUCAUCGCGACAUAUCGUCCAACAACAUUAUCAUUACAAACCCGGAGUUGGCAGACGGCUUCAAGGGCAUGCUCAUUGAUCUCGAUCUGGCAAAAGAGAGAAACAGCGGUCCAAGCGGGGCACGGCACCAGACGGGCACGAUGCAAUUUAUGGCGGUCGAAGUUCUGCGCAGAGCUGAUCACACCUACCGUCAUGACCUUGAGUCGUUCUUUUACGUUCUUUUAUGGAUGUGUGUGCGGCAGUCGUGGAACAAUGGAUUCGCCCGUGAAGAAAAGCCACCGAAAGAAAGCCUUCUUAGGAAAUGGGAAAUCGGGAAUUUCACGGACAUUGCCCGCAUCAAAUCAGGCGAUAUGACCGUUGAUGGACUCGAAAGGCUUCUGGGCGAAUUUCCCGCGUCCUUAGAUGUUGUCAAGCCGCUCUGUCUCAGGAUGAGAAAAAUUCUCUUUCCCCUGGACAAGGAUGAAAGGAUGAGCUUUGGAACUCCCGCAGGAGACCCGGAUCAACUGUACAAUCCUUUCAUAGCAGCGUUUGAAGAAGCUAUCAAAAGCGUUAGGGUAGGCUGA